AUGUUAGUCAUAGUCAUCGUGGUGUCCCAGUUUGCGACGCAAAUAUUGCUACAAAUUGCUGUUCGAGACGGCUUCACAGUUGAUGCGUAUGAGGAGCUGGACGGAUUUGCAAAGGGUUAUGGUGCGUUAUAUCAAAAAGUAAUUUUAUUACGUGAUGUAAAUGAUUUGUAUUCGCAUAUAGCAGAGAAAUUAAAGACGAAUCUUUGA